AUGUGGACUCUUCUUCUUCUGCAUUGGCUUCGCUUACUUCGCAUCAUGGGUUGUUCUGAUCUCGCCAUGGACGGUGGACAGGCGUCGAGGAGAGAGCUCCUCGGCCCCCGGCCGGCUCCUCUCAGGAUCCGGAAGGACUCCUACAAGUUAAAGAAACCUCCGGUGGCGCCGCCUCAGCACCGGCCGCCGAUCAUAAUCUACGCCAUCUCGCCCAAGGUCAUCCACACCACCCCUGACGACUUCAUGUCGGUGGUGCAACGCCUCACCGGCGCCGCAGCUGCCUCCUCCUCUUCGUCUUCUGCUGACGCUCCUUUAGCCACCGGGGAAGUGUUCUCCCCAGCUGCUCGUUUUGCCGUGUUCGAGAAGCCAGCGCAAGGCGCCAUAUCGGCUGAUCUGCUAGGAACCGGUGGUGGUACGUCGACGUUGGAUCGGCCGUCCGCUUCGUUUCAUGGCAUAUUGUCCCCCGUCCCUUCUUCCCUGCCAUGGAUAUCUCCCAACUUGUUUGCAUCCUCCACAGGCCAGACUCAGAUUAGCUUCGUCAACGAACUCAGCCCAGCCAUUCAUGGUGGCAGGAGCUUUCCGGAGACGAUCAACUGCUUCAUGCCGAGUCCCAGCAACUUCCUAUCCGGUGGAAUGGUACCUUCUCCUGCAGCUUUCUGGGAUCUCUUCAACCAAUACCAAGAUCCUUAGCUACUCAUGAAGCUGUCAACAAAGUGAUGUCAUGUAGAACUACAAGCACGAAAGACAUCACAAUAAGCUAAAUCUUCUCGUGACAUUGUUACAAUUAGUGUUGGGUUUGCACUAUACAGUAGUGUUCUUGUCCACCUUUAUUAGAUUAGAUGAUGAAGCUCACUGUGAAACCAGCACUGAAUUGGGCCAUCAACAUCAGCUAUCUUGCUGACUAAAUGAUGCACAAGAUUGUUCUUAGCUCCAUCUAUAUCUCUCGUUCUUAUUCUUUUCCA